CACCGACAUAGUAGACGCGAUUAAAUUGUUCAGAAUUUCAUGUAUUUUUGCAAGAUAAUCGAAUUUUUAAAAUUUCUCAAGCCCGUGAUGUCGGAAAUUUAGUUAGCAAAUUAAAAUAAAAAGAAACAACUAUUUUCGCUAAAUAAAAUAAAAAAACGUUUGUUUAGUAAUUUUGAAAACUCCCCUUUUAACUAGAUUUGGAUAGUUAUGAAUGAUAGUGAUUUAAGCGUCGUCAUUUGUAAAUUAAUUUUAAAGUUGGAAAAAGUGCAAAUUUAUAUUUUCUUCAAAAGACCAACCAAAAGAAAACAGUUUUUAAAACGAAACGAUUUUUGCAAUAAGACAAUCUGUGAAAUUCUUAUGUGAAUUUGUUGUUUUGAGUUUUUUUUCUUCAAAAUUUAGUGACCUUCAGAUACAUAAAAAUAAGUCUUAAGUUGUUCCCAAUUAUUGAUCUAUAUACAUUUCUAUCUUCAAGAUAAGAAGGAUUGGAACAAUCAUACAUCGAGUUUGAAAUAAAAUAAAGAUUUCAAACAAAACUUAAGACAAAAUGGUUGGUGGAGCUAAGGUAAAAAAUGACCACACCACUGCCAAUGAUCCCAUGAUCAAGUACAUGCUCAAGGUUCGUGAAGAUCAUGCCCGCCAACAAAAAAAAGACUAUUCCCAUGCCUUCCGGAGAAAAUCACGUUUGGACCUCAUACGACUCUCAGCCCUUGCCGUUGGAAUAGAGUUUGCUUAUGCUGCCGAAACGGCUUUUGUUUCACCGAUCUUGCUGCAAAUCGGUAUCAAUCAUAAACACAUGACAAUGGUGUGGGGAUUGUCACCGUUGUUGGGCUUCUUUCUGGCACCACUGCUGGGCUCGGUCAGUGAUCGAUGUCAACUUAGUUUCGGUCGAAGAAGACCCAUUAUAAGCAUGUUAUCGUUUGGGAUCUUUCUCGGCUUACUACUUGUACCUUAUGGAAGAGAUAUUGGCAUACUGCUUGGCGAUCAGCCGUCAAAUACCAUGGAACUUGUGGAGGAAUUUAUUACGACCGAUGGAGUGGCCUCAGCAUACCAGGCAUCAGAAAUUAUUCCUCCUGAAUCAGGAGGUGGAACCUUCAAAUUUGCUGUGAUAUUUACGAUCUUGGGAACGAUAUUACUUGACUUUGAUGCCGAUACAUGUCAAACACCAUCCAGAGCGUAUUUGUUGGACUCUUGUAUACCAGAGGAUCAACCGAGAGCCUUGAGUACGUUCACAAUAAUGGCUGGCUUAGGUGGUACUUUUGGUUAUGCGAUCGGAGGAAUUGACUGGGAGUCAACUAGAAUUGGUAGUUUUAUGGGCGGAAAUAUACCCACAGUAUUUAUGCUUGUGACAGUUUGCUUUUUGUUGUGCUAUCUUGUGACCAUAACAAGCUUCAGAGAGAUUCCAUUGCCUUUGAUGGAAAAGGACGAAUUGUUAAAACCUCUAUCAGCUGGCGCUAUAACAAAGGAGACUUCCAAGAACAAUAAUCAGAUCUUUUAUAUAAAAGAGACAACCACUUUGGAACUUAAAAUGGCCGAAGAGGAUCUAGAAGCUGAAAGCAAUGGAACUACGAAUGGUAACGUUAUGAAAUACAAACCACCAAACACCGCUGACCCAGAGAUGUGUGGUGUGAAUGAGAGAAUAUCUUUGGGACAGUACCUGAAGAGUAUUGUUAUCAUGCCUAAGUCCAUGAGAAUCUUGAGUCUGACAAAUCUGCUCUGCUGGAUGGGUCAUGUUUGUUAUUGCUUGUACUUCACAGAUUUUGUGGGAGAAGCAGUUUUCAAUGGUGAUCCAAAUUCUCCUAAAGGUUCAGAGAAAUACAACCUAUACGAAGAAGGAGUCCGUUUUGGAUGUUGGGGAAUGUCAAUCUACGCUUUGUCUUGUUCGGUCUACUCCUUGACUGUUGAGAAACUGGUCGAUUGGUUUGGGCUUCGAGCAGUUUAUAUUGGAGGUAUUUUGUCCUAUGCAAUUGGAAUGCUUAUCCUGGCGAUUUGGCCCUCGAAACUUGGAGUUCUUCUGCUAAGUACAACUGCUGGAGUCAUCUAUGCUACUCUUUUUACAAUGCCAUAUAUUCUGAUUGCCAAAUACCAUGCUACAGGAUGCUUCAAAAUGCGCAGUGGUGAGAAUGUUCCUCUUAAACAAACUCGAGGUCUUGGAACUGAUAUUGCCAUCAUAAGUAGUAUGGUCUUUGUGGCACAAUUCAUAAUCUCAUUGAGUAUAGGAAGUUUAGUGGCUUGGAUGGCAACAACCAGUGCCAUUUUAUAUGCCGCUAGUGUACUGAGUAUAGGAGCUGCAGUAUCUGCCAUGUUCGUUUUAUAUAUUUAAUGAAAUUAGUCUAAAUUAAUUAAUUAUACAUAAAUAUAGUUAUAAUUUUUAAUUGUUUAGAAGAGAUACGUAUAUAAAUUGUGUGAAGAUUGAGUGUUUGAGACGAGGGCCUAUGGUGCCUUGUUUUAUUAUAAAUAUUUUUGUUUGUAUUUGUAUUAGAACAAAAAUUUGAUUUCUAUGACCUUUUUGUAUUAUUAUAAUAUUAUUCACAAAAAUUAUAAUUUAAAAAUGUAAAUAUUAAAAAACAAUAAAAAUACAUACCCAUAUAUAUUUUAAA